GGACGGAGGAGCAGCUCCCUCUGGCGGCCGCGGGUCACACAUAAACGGUCCGCGGGCUCGGUGGCGGUCAGUGUGAGGCGAGCUCUCGCUCCGGUGUGGCGAUGAGCUCCGAGCGGUCAGCGCCGGCUGGCUCCCCUGCUCCUCCUUGCUCGGAGCCCGAAGGAGGGGCGGCUGACUACCGCGACUGGGUGCGGCGGAGCUACCUGGAGCUGGUGUCCUCCAACCAUCACUCGGUGCAGGCGCUAUCCUGGAGGAAGCUCUACCUCAGCCGGGCCAAGCUUAAGGCGUCGAGCCGGACCUCAGCGCUGCUGUCCGGCUUCGCCAUGGUGGCCAUGGUUGAAGUUCAGCUGGAGAUGGACUAUACCUAUCCCAAGUUCCUGCUCAUUGCCUUCAGUGCCUGCACAACAGUGUUGGUUGCUGUCCACCUCUUCGCUCUCUUGAUCAGCACUUGUAUUCUCCCUAAUGUUGAAGCAGUCAGCAACAUACACAAUCUCAACUCUGUCAAUGAGUCACCCCACGAGCGUAUGCAUUACUAUAUCGAGCUGGCCUGGGGCUUCUCAACAGCUCUAGGCAUCAUCCUCUUCCUCAUGGAGGUGGUGCUGCUUUGUUGGAUUAAGUUCCUCCCGGUUGACAGUAAUCGGAGGAAGAACGAGAAGAAUUCUGACGCCAAUUCUGAAGAAAGACACACCGGACGAGAUGCAGCUUUGACAUCCACUAUUAUCAUGGCACCAGUGGGCCUUAUUUUUGUGAUAUUUACCAUCCAUUUUUACCGAUCACUGGUAGGGCACAAAACGGAGCGUCACAAUCAGGAAAUUGAGGAACUGCACAAAUUGAAAGUGCAGUUAGACGGGCAUGACCGGGCCCUGCAAGUGGUUUGAAAAAUUAAGAAGGAAGAAAAGAAGUUAAUUGGUCAGAAUCAUUCUGAAAUUCCAAGCUUCUGCAGCUUAUUACAAAUAUCAAAAUGGGCUUUCCUGUCAUUUCCAGGAAUUCAAGUUUACAAAUAUGGCUUUUACGUGGCUUUGUGAUUUUACAGUACUUUCUUGCAUUGUCUUAAAAGAAAACAGUCAUUCUGUUUGAUACAGAAUCCAGGUGUAGGCUGGAAAUCGUGUGGAUAUUGUAAACUGGUUCAGGUUGCACUGAUGCCAUACCAGCGAGCAGCAAAUGGUCACUAACGACAGUUUAUCGCAGGGUUAAACUCUUUAGAGGCACCUGUCCAGAUUAAACUGGACAACCAGAGCAUAAAUGAAUUCCAAUUUUUGUCCAGUUACUUUGUUGUACAGUGCAGAUAUAACCGUUUGCUUAACCUGCUGGUACAAAGAGUGAAAGGCUGAUCAGACCAAUAUUGAAAAGCUAUAAUGGAUCAGAAGAUAGAAAUUGUUGAAUUUAAGCAGGAUUGGUGUUUGGUAUAGUUCUGGGUGGUCACAGUUUACUUUAGAUCCCUCCAUUCGUUAUUGUUGCUGACCAACAGCUUAUUGUCCUACCAGAUCCAAAUUGGAGUUAUCCCUGCGCCCAUUUAUUAUGAAAGUAUAAUAGUCUUCAAAACGUGAAGUGUUGCUGUUCUGGGAUGAUCCCACGUGUGGCAUUUCAUUCUGUAUUGUCACAUUGACACUCCAGUACAAGUACUGUCAUACUAAUAAUAAGAGAUUGGAAUCCUGAUCUGUGUAACCCCAUUUAAUGUAAUGCAAUGAGUAUUGUACAAUUUAUUUUGACCUCAGCUGAUGUUGCUUUAAACAGGUUUGAUGUACUCUGCAGUCAGUUUUUCAGACUUGUAAAGGGGAACUUGUGCAAAGAGGAAGAGAAAUUUUUAUAAAUUUCAAACCAUGCCUUUGUUCUCGACAGCAUGAUUUAUCAUAUCCUCAAUUCAGUUUUUAACCACAGACGUGUCCUGCUCUGGAAUUGGCCGCCUUCUGUUACAGUUUCAGUAUUUUAAUUUACCAAAUCUUAAUAGUGGAACAAUCAUUUGUCAGAAUGUCAAUAAGAUGCUAAAUUUCAGCUAGCUCUUCAAAUGUCAGAUAUAUAUAUAUAUAAAUAAAAAAAUAAAAAACCUUUUUGCAUGGGAUCUGGAGCAAACAAGCGAUCUUAACUGAGCCAAUUCUGAUAAUGAAAUACAAAACAUGGCAUUUUGGACCCUGUUUUAUUACCAGACUCUGGAAAGGAACGGCGGAGAGUGGUGUUUUAAUACCUAAUUAUGUUCAGCUUUGUGUUUUGGAGAACCCUGAGUUUAAAAUGUGUAAUUCCUGAUGAAGUUCUUUUAGGUUUGAGAAUGGUAUUCCUCCUGCGUUGCCUUCAGAUAUUUAUUUGUGUAGAGGAGACUCUGCUAUAUUGCAACCAUAAAUAGCGAGGGGACUAAGAAAGUGAACAGACUGGUUUCAGAAUUUAUAAAAUACAGAUUUCGAGGGCUGCCAAUUUAGUCAAGUUUACAUCUGCUACACAGUGACAGUAACAGCAAGACCUGAUCCUAACAAGUCCAGCACAGAUGGAAGCUCAGUGUCAGGCUGGACUCGAGCACGGUUGUGUCAUUGCACCAACACUCUUAAUCUUCCUCAUGACAAUAGAGCAUCUCUCCUUUAACAAGCUUUACACUGGAGUGGAAUGAAUGAAUGCCUUCAGAACCUGUAGCAUCCCAACUGCAGUCAUCUGUUUACACUAUACAGGCAGCAUUGCAUACAUGCACACUCAGAAACUGCUAUCCAAGGCUUGGCUGACUGAUGAAGUCCCUGUAUAUAUGAAAGAAUGGGUCUUAUACUGACCGACUAGAAGACAAAGGUCGUCUAGCAACCUGCACUAUUUUGCUCCCAACAUUCAGACUCCACUGUAGGAUCUGGAAAACAUGGAUCAUGCUUGUCUUAUCCUGGAGAUGGAGCUUCUGCUCAAUCAAAUCCCUCUCUUUGUUUUGGAGACAUGAAAAACUGCAAAGCAUAGGAAAAUUUCCAUCUGUACCACAGUAUUUCGGUGUCGGGCAUGAGAGAGCACACUGACAUUGUUAACUUACCUUGUCAAUGGAUUUUGCAGCCAGAGCAAAUCAUUGUCAGCACCCUCUCCCAAACAACCCAGUUACGAAACUUUGAUCAUGUGCCCCAUUUCUUCUGCAUUCCAUAGUAUCUGCUUGCCUGAUACCAGACUCCUGAAAGAAGCACCCGACUCCACAAUCUGUCACAAGACAUUUUCAGGAGUUCAGAGAAACUCUUCAGAGGCACUCUUGAAGCCUCUUGGGAGGAGUGUAACAUUGUCAGUGAGUCAUUGUAAUCCCUAGCCCAAUACUGCUCAGAUCGGGGGAGGAGAAUUGGGAAAGCUGUCUGUGUGACAAGGGCAUGUGAGCACCAUGCACUUAUAGCAGAAUAAGCGUCCUUAAUACCCAUCCAUCUUCCCCGCCAUCAUGCCUGUUCCACAUGGCAGAGCUUGCAGAUACCCCAUCAGACUCUUCAGCCACAUCAGAACUUGAGAAGGACUGAGUCAUCCUUGAGGGACUGCUUAAGAAGUUUGCACACACCAAAUUACCAGUGCAGAUGUCGCAUGUUUUGACUUGUGUGAUUGUGGCCUUGCUACUGAAACCAAUGACCUACAAUAGUUUCAGUGUACAAUUACAGGUGUCUCCUUUACAUUAUUGUCCGAUUGUACUUGAAUCAGGCAAAGUGUAGUCUUAAGCUUUCUCGUGUAUGGUAUAUGCCAGCCUAUUAUGUUUUCUAUUUAAACACUUAAUUGUCUUAAUCUUUGAAUUUGUACACUUCUGUGGCUUGAUACCAAGAUGUGGUAUUUAUUCUCUGUGCAGCAUUACAAACCUACUGCUACAGUAACUUGAAAAAGAGACAACAAUUGCUAUAUUAUCUUCAGCUUUGUAAAUCAAAGCUCUGGGUUAUUAAGCUGUGGCUGUUUUUUGAAAUGUAAAAUCUUUACUGGUACUUUGAUCAGUAUUUUCUGCUUGUGACUCCUGUAAGUACAGCAAACUGUGUAUAGCACCGUUUAAUAUUUUAUUAAUUGUGUAACUGUUGAAGUGUAGGUUGCAUUUGAAAUAAAGUAUUGUCAAACAUAUUUUGUAAUAUCAG